CGUUUCAACUCUCCAUCUUUUCAAGCGGAAGAGGUUUGGAAAGAAAAGUCUGAAAGGGGUUUCCUUUCUACAAAGAAACGUUUCGGUUGGUAUAACUGCAAGAGGGCCGUCUGUAAUUUCCGUUAUGCAAAAGGGCAUUUUCCUUCAAUUAUUCCAAAUUCUCCGCCUAUAAAGGCAAAGAAAAUCAAUCGGAUUUGAAUAUUUGUCGUGGUUCUUCAUUUUCUCUUCUCUCUCUCUCUGUCUCUCUCUCUCUCUUCCCCUUUCUUUCAACACAAGCACCAUAUCUCGAAACCACACCCUGUGAAUGGUCACCUUGGCAUAGUAGUUUAUCUUCCAUUGGGAUUCAUCUUGCUUCUCCACAAGGAUACUCAGCCUAGUAUCGAAAGAUUAGUUCACAUUAUUGAAGAACACGUCAGUUGCUGCAGAUUUUCUCAAGGGUUCGACACGAUAUUUUAUUGCUUGAUCAAUGUUGUUGGUGUGACGUGUGAGUUUAAGAAGCUAUACUAAGAUGGGGAGCAUCCAUCGCAAUGGUAUUCUGAGAAGACCAAAUGACAAUCACAGUGGUAUUCUGAGAAGGUCAAACGACGUUACAAGAAUUAUUACUUCAACUGUUAUUGGAGUUGUCUUUGGAUUCUUUGUUGGAAUCUCAUUUCAAAACUUUUCAGUUGCCAAGCAGAUUAGCUUGCCUACCAGCCUUCUGUCCUCCAUCGAUGCAGCCACUAUCAAUGGCCAUAGAUCGGAGAGCACUACCCAAUCUUUCACACCUAAACUUGGUUCAGAUGAAAACAAAUCUUCUGGAACUUAUAGCUCAGGAGAUAGUUCAAAGAUAUAUGUUACGACAAAUCCUCGCGGUGCAGAGUCAUUGCCUCCAGGGAUCGUCGUUUCAGAAACCGAUUUCUAUUUGCGCAGAUUGUGGGGUAAUCCCAGUGAGGACUUGACAAUUAGGCCAAAGUACCUGCUGACAUUCACAGUUGGAUUUGAUCAGAGGAAUAAUAUUAAUGCUGCAGUUAAAAAGUUUUCUGAUGACUUUCAGAUUAUGCUCUUUCAUUAUGAUGGUCGUACAAGUGAAUGGGAUCAAUUUGAGUGGUCAAAACGUGCAAUUCAUGUUAGUGCAAGGAGCCAAACAAAAUGGUGGUAUGCAAAACGGUUUUUACACCCAGAUUCAGUAGCAGCUUAUGAUUACAUAUUUAUCUGGGAUGAAGAUCUUGGAGUUGAACACUUCAAUGCAGAGAAGUACAUUGAAUUGGUAAAGAAACAUGGUUUGGAAAUCUCACAACCAGGUCUGGAGCCAGAUAAAGGCUUGACGUGGCAGAUGACUAAAAGGAGAGGUGACAGUGAAGUACACAAGGAAACAACUGAGAAACCAGGUUGGUGCAAUGAUCCGCAUUUGCCACCAUGUGCAGCUUUUGUGGAAAUUAUGGCCCCUGUUUUUUCUCGAGAUGCUUGGCGCUGUGUGUGGCAUAUGAUUCAGAAUGAUUUGGUACAUGGAUGGGGGUUGGACUUUGCCCUUAGAAGAUGUGUAGAGCCUGCUCACGAGAAGAUUGGUGUGGUUGAUUCGCAAUGGAUAGUUCACCAAGUCAUCCCUUCUCUUGGGAAUCAGCGAGCUCUAUGUAGCUGCCUCUAUAAGGAUUGCUUGGUUGGAAGCCUGGACUCCAGAUUCCUCCUUAUCUCGCCAUGGCUGGCCUUGGAGAUAUCUCCCCAUUCCUUUCGGUCAACGGGUCAGGCCGAUAAGGGGAAAGCGCCAUGGCAAGGGGUGAGAGAGAGGUGCAAGAGCGAGUGGACAAUGUUCAGAAAUCGUCUUGCAGAUGCCGAUCGAGCAUAUCUCGAACAGAAGGGGAGGGGCUGAGCUGGAUCCCACUUCUCUUUUUUUGGCAAUCCCUCCUUGAAAAGGUUGAGAGUUGAGAAAUAUGGUUUGUGAUUCUUCGGUUCUUUUAAGUGAAAUUUUCUUCCUGAGGGCCCCCCACAAUUUCUUCAAGCCAUUGGGGGGCCCGCAGCUACUGAAAGGGGGGGGAAGGGCAUUUCACUUUCUUGUCCAUAAGCAUUACGUAGAGAAUAUGACCACCUUCUGAACCGUCUUGAAUUUUGUUGGUAUAUUUACAUUCAUUACCAUUUGAAAGGUGCAUGUAUGUAUAUCAAUUUUUCUUUCC